GAGGACGUCUGCGACAUCGGCGACGGCGAGCCGCUGUUCGCAAAUUUCACGUGGGAGGACUGGAUGAUGCUCAACCUGCGAGUCGAGCUGCAUAUGCUGGUGCACGGCUACAGGCACGACAUGAACGACCCCGAGCGCACGUCCUUCACCGAGUCCCACCUGGCGUUCUACUACAACCGGUACUUCAAGAAAGCGCUGGUGCUGAAGAAUUACGGCGUGGAGAGCAACAUGGACUUGCUGGCGCUGGUCAAGGACACAAUGGAGGUGUAUCCGAAGAACUCCGUGCUGGACCCCCAGCUUUCGGACGACACCCCCCUGGAGAACUUCCUGAAGCUGACCGAGGA